CUUUCACUGUCUUUCUCUGCCACACAUCACACCCAGCAGUUGCAGCGUUGCAGAGGCUGCAGCACUGCAGCAGAGCUGCAGAGAGAGACAGACUCAAAGAAAUAAUAUAAAAAUUCGCAAGGAAAAAGAUAAAAGAGAAAGAAUUCUUUAAAAAAAACAAAUUUUUAAGUCUUUUGAGUAUUCUAUUGGGUUGGGUUUGGGUCUGUCAAAGUUUUUAAGAUUAAAGCUCUGAGCUUUUUAUUCACAUACACCAAAAAAGAGUGUGUCUUGGUUUCUUUUGGGUGUGUUUCUUUUAGCAAAUGCCUUAAAAAUGCACAAGUGAAACCAGUUGGGUUGUAGUUUGAGCUUUGACACAUAAAAAGGCUUGAGCUUUAGCUUUGUCUGUUGUGUUGUUUAGAGUUUUGGGUUAUGGCGGGUCUGAUCGAUCUGAACAGCACGACGGAGGAGGAGGAGGAGACGCCGUCAUCUGGGUCGUCGUCCAAUUCGUCUGGCUCAAAUGGUUUGAUUUCUGGGUCUGUUUGCUUGGAGCUGUGGCACGCCUGUGCUGGGCCACUGAUUUCUUUGCCCAAGAAAGGUAGUGUGGUGGUUUAUCUUCCACAAGGGCACUUGGAGCAAGUGAGUGAUUUUCCAGCCUCGGUUUAUGAUCUCCCUGCUCAUCUGUUUUGCCGAGUUCUGGAUGUUAAGCUUCAUGCGGAGAGUGGUAGUGAUGAAGUGUACGCACAGGUUCAGUUGGUUCCUGAAAGUGAGGAAUUUGAGCACAAACUAGGGGAAAGAGAAACUGUUGCAGAUGGGGACGAGGAUGCUGAGGGUUCAGAGAAAUCAACUACACCCCAUAUGUUCUGCAAAACCCUUACUGCUUCUGAUACUAGCACUCAUGGGGGCUUCUCUGUCCCUCGCCGUGCUGCUGAGGAUUGUUUUCCUCCCCUGGAUUACAGUCAACAAAGGCCUUCACAGGAGCUAGUGGCAAAGGAUCUGCAUGGCCUGGAAUGGAGGUUCAGACAUAUCUAUAGGGGGCAGCCACGCAGGCAUUUGCUUACCACUGGAUGGAGUGCCUUUGUGAACAAGAAGAAGCUCGUUUCUGGAGAUGCUGUGUUGUUUCUCAGGGGUGAGGAUGGAGAACUGAGACUUGGAGUUAGAAGGGCAGCCCAAGUAAAAGCUUCUGCCACUUAUCCAACUCCUGGUAGCCAGCAUUUAAACUAUAACUCUGUCACAGAGCUGGUGGAUGCUAUAUCUACGAAGACUGCUUUUAACGCCUAUUACAAUCCAAGAGCCAGCUCAUCAGAAUUUAUAAUACCUUUCCGUAAGUUUUUGAGGAGCCUUGGUCAUUCCUUCUGUGCUGGAAUGAGAUUUAAAAUGCGCUUUGAAACAGAAGACGCCGCAGAGCAAAGAUACACUGGACUGGUAACGGGGAUUAGUGAGUUGGAUCCCCUAAGAUGGCCUGGUUCCAAGUGGAAAUGUGUAGCUGUACGGUGGGAUGAUAUAGAUACUAGCAAGCAGCAUGGCCGGGUUUCCCCAUGGGAAAUUGAGCCAUCUGGUUCUAUUUCUAAUUCCAGUGGCUUAAUGGCAUCUGGUCUGAAGAGGUCCAGGAUGGGCUUAUCUGCAGAAAAGCAAGAAUUUCCAGUUCCUCAUGGGAUUGGAGCCUCAGACUUUGGGGAAUCUUUAAGAUUCCAGAAGGUCUUGCAAGGUCAAGAAGUUUCGGGUUUUGAUACUCCUUUUGGUUCUAUAGGGGGUCAAAAUCAGCAUCCCUCUGAAUCGAGGAGAGUCUUUCACGGCUCUAUUGGUUCUAGAGGUAAUGAUCUCAGAAACUCAUUUGUGAAUUCUGAGAUUGCCUCAAAAGGCUUUGGUGAAUCUUUCCGAUUCCAGAAGGUCUUGCAAGGUCAAGAAAUAUUUCCAAGCACACCAUACGGAAGAGCUCCAGCUACUAAUGAGGCUCGUGAAUAUGGUUGCCCUGGAAUCUUUGAUGGUUUUCAGGUGCCAAGCUUUAGAAAUGGAUGGUCUACGAUGAUGCAGGGCAGUAAUACACCUAUGCACCGAGCUGCCCCUGUACAGGUGUCAUCACCAUCAUCUGUGCUGAUGUUCCAGCAAGCAAUAAAUGCAGGAGCCGAGUUCAAUUCAGUAUACAAUGGUCAUAACCAACAGGAACAGAGAAUAAUGCAACGCACUCAUUCUGAAUCAGAUGGUGGGAAGCAAACAUCAGCCUCGUUCUGUGAACGAAGCUUCACCAGGGAGGGUCAUGGUGGCAUGAAUUCUUUUGAUCAACAUGGUAUUUCACAUCCUCCUCUUUUGAGUCAGUCUUCAUUGAGAGGCAGUCAAGAUAUGGUUUCAUCAUGCAAAAGUAGCUGCAGACUGUUUGGUUUCUCACUGUCUGAGGAAACACAUGCCCCAAAUAAAGUGGACAACUCCACCUCAGUUACAUCUGCAUUAGAGUCUGGAGCUUCUAUGUUCCCCAAUGUUGAACCACGGUUUCAUUCAAAGCCGCCUUCGAUGUCUGCAGCUGUUGGGAUUCCUUGUACCAAAGAAUGGGCAUUUAACUGGCGUGGAGAAAGGAUGGAAAGUUGUUUACAAGGAUAGUGACAACGACACAGAGCUUGUUGUGACGUUCCACCCAGAAAUGCUACCACAAUAUUAUGUAAGAAACACUAGGCUAGAAGAUGUAGUCUUUGCGCCCGAGGAUUUUCGCAGGUUAUGCGUGUGUUGUAUUUUAUGUAACUGAACUACAUUUGAAGGUAAAAAAAAAGAAAAAAAGAAGAAGGUUUGAUUAAGCGCUUCUGGGUGACUUGAUUGUAUUAUGAUGAAUUAAGCUGUAAGAAACGGUUUGCAGAAUCUAUGAUUGCCUCUUGAAAAAGGGGCCUAUCCGAAACUGAACAAAUUGUACCGAUUUGCAAUUGUUAAAUAAUGUUAUUACUUAUCGUCCCUA